AUGGACGAGGCAAUGGCCCUCCGUCGGACCUUCGCGCUUCCUCGGCAACUACUGCGACCGGUAGCUCGCAGCUCGCUUGGAUACAACACAGAACAGCGAAAUGGCUUCGCAACGGCAGUCCCUCCAGUCACUCAAGAUGCAACUGGCUCCAAGGGCCCUACCGCAAUGGUAUUCUUAAACAUGGGCGGCCCCUCUACGACGAAUGAGGUGGAAGACUUUUUGAGCAGGUUAUUUGCCGACGGUGAUCUGAUUCCCUUGGGACGGCUUCAAACAUAUCUUGGACCACUUAUCGCAAAGCGGAGAACCCCAAAGAUCCAAAAGCAAUACGCGGACAUUGGAGGCGGCUCGCCUAUCCGAAAAUGGUCCGAAUACCAAUGCCAGGAAAUGUGCAAGUUGCUAGACAAACUCAAUCCUGAAAGUGCGCCUCAUAAACCCUACGUUGCAUUUCGGUAUGCUGCGCCUUUGACGGAAGAGAUGUAUACCCAGUUACUCGAUGAUGGGUUCGGAAGAGGGAAGGGAGGACGUGCUGUCGCAUUUACACAAUACCCACAAUAUUCCUGUUCGACUACAGGCAGUUCUCUGAAUGAACUAUGGAAAUGGAGAAAUCGCCUGGAGGGUAGGCGCGCCAAUGAGAGCGUGGACCCCUCCGGCUCCAUCCAGUGGAGUGUCAUUGAUCGGUGGCCGACUCAUCCCGGCUUAGUGGAAGCUUUCGCAAAGAACAUCGAGGAUCAGCUCAAGACAUAUCCGGAGGACAAGAGGAACAGUGUAGUUCUGCUGUUCUCCGCCCACAGCCUGCCCAUGAGCGUGGUGAAUAGAGGUGACCCGUACCCGGCCGAAGUUGCAGCAACUGUCCAUGCGGUAAUGCAAAGACUUGGUUUUAGCAACCCUUACCGACUGUGCUGGCAAUCUCAAGUGGGCCCGUCGGCUUGGCUUGGAGCUCAGACCAGCGACACCGUCAUGGAGUAUGUGAAGCGCGGACAGACUGAUAUAGUCCUUGUACCGAUCGCCUUCACCAGCGACCACAUUGAAACUUUGUAUGAGUUGGACCUUGAAGUGAUGGAAGAAGCCAAUUCCCCUGGAGUUAAGCGAGCGGAAAGCUUGAACGGAAGUCCCAUCUUCAUCGAAGCCCUUGCAAAUAUCGCGCAGGAGCACUUGAGAAAGGGAGAAAAAUGCUCUCGUCAGAUGACCCUGCGCUGUCAGGGUUGUAAGAGUGAUAGAUGCCUGGAGCAGAAGAAGUUCUUUGCCGGGGAAGAAGCCGCGUCUCUUGUAGUGUAA